CAAAAUGGCAGCCGUGCUAGGGAAACGGAGGAGACGCGCGAUAUAUGAAUAAACACACGGUCUAAGACAAAGCUAAAUUACUAACAUGUCUACAUCAACUGCUUUGCAUCUGAUGGAUGAACAGGAUCCUGCACCAACGACCAUUCAAAAUACGGAGGAAAGUCUGGUUCGUGUACAGCCAGCUCUUCUGAAAAUCCUCCAAUCAGCUGGUGCAAAGGGAGAUAUGUUUACGUUAAAACAGGUCAUGCAUUACCUGGGGCAGUAUAUCAUGGUAAAAGGAUUAUAUGACAAACAGCACCAGCAUAUUGUUCAUUGUGGCUCUGAUGAACUUGGAAAAUUAUUAGGUAUUACUACAUUUUCUGUGAAAGACCCAAGGCCACUAUAUGACAUGUUAAAGAAGAACCUUUUAAGAAUUUCUUGCACAGAUGCUGGACACAGUCCCUCAAGAAACAAAUCGCAGGCUUCGGACAGUUUGGAGCUGGAGAAGAGUUUUGCUAGUAAAACUGAAGUCACAGACGUUAUCAAGAGAAAUGAUUGUGUUAGUAGUGAUAUGUGUACCUCAUUUGACAACAGUCAUUUAAAAGGCAAUGAAAGUUCAGAUUAUACAAAGCAAUCACUGGAUUUUAUAUUUGAGGAAUGGGAUGAAGCUGGACUGCCUUGGUGGUUCCUAGGAAAUUUAAGGACAAAUUACAACCUUCAAAGCAUUGGAUCCACAGAUAUUCCCUCAAAUCAGGAUAUAGACACAGCUACAGUGUCGGACACAACUGAUGACAUGUGGUUCUUAAAUGAUUCUCGUACUGAUCGUAUUAAUAUGGAGGUGAAGAUGGAGUCCUCAGACUCACUUGAGGAAGAAGUUGGAGAAUGUGAUAGCAAAAAGCCUGCUCAGAUGAUUGAAUUGACUCUGUAUGAAGAUGAUGAUGAUCUUGACGACACACAAAGUUUGAGUGAAGAUACAGAUACAGAGGUCACAUCAGAGGAAUGCUGGCAGUGUACAAAAUGCCACAAAUUUAAUUCACCAGUAAAACGUUACUGCUACCGCUGCUGGGCACUUCGCAAAGACUGGUAUCUGGACUUUCCUCGCCUCAUUCACUCUUCUUCCACUCCCACCCUUCCUGGUAAAGUUAGUUCCCAAUUGAUUGUGGAUGGUUUAGACAUCCCUGAUUGUCGUAGAACAGUCUCUGCUCCCAUGGUGGGGGUCCAAGUACCUGAAUGUAGAUCUCUAGUGCCUUUUCUGGAACCUUUAGAUUUGGCAGCAAAUUCCAAAGCCUUCUCUGAGAGCACAGAUACACUGCUUACUUUUAAGGCUGCAGAAGCUUCACUGCUUUCAAGCCGCCCUCUCUUGGAGCCGUGUCAAUUGUGCCAGAGGCGACAACGCAAUGGCAGUGUGGUACAUGGACGAACUGCCCACCUGGUGACUUGUUUUUCUUGUGCUUGCAAUCUUAAAAAGAAUCAAAAAGGAUGUCCUGUGUGCGAGAAGCCAAUACAGAUGGUGGUGAAGAUAUAUGUUGCAUAACUAGGCAGUACAAGCAUGAAUAACAUUUCACUGCUACAAACCAAAUAUGGGCCAAUGCAGUUGGCACAGUCUACUCGAGUAAUUGUUUUAUUUAAGCACCUUUUUCACCUUGGAGGAGGCAACCAAAGCUUUGGUUACAAAAUACACUGGAUGCAGGGUUGGGGAAAGCUUUGGUCCUCAAAUUAGCACUGCCAACACAAGAGUAUGUUUCUUGUACAACACUUUUUGGGAUGCAUUUGCUUUCAAAUAUCUUCCCUCAAUAUCUGUGAUAGUGAUCAUGACGUUAAUGGGGCCUGAUUCUUUUAAAGGCUAUAUAUAUAUAUAUAUAUAUAUAUAUAUAUAUAUCUGUUUAAAGACAGAAAUUGCUGGUUGAUUUGUGUAAAUUGUGUUCUCUCCUUUUGUUUUAUGUCAAUUCUGUUACCCAUCAUAUAAUUUAGCAUUUCAAGAUGGUGUAAUUAUUGUGCUGGUCAAAAUAUUAAUGCAUAGUUCACACAAAAACCGCACUUCAAGGAAUUUGUAAGUGAAAAAAAUGAAAGUUGGUUUAUUUUCAAUGUUUCGGCACGUACACUCGUGCCGUCUUCAGGAAGGUGAACACUACACUACUAAUCAGUGAAAAUGAUUUAUAGGUGAAGUCUGACCGGUUUUUAUGUGAACUCUCUCAAAAAACAUGUUAUUCUGUUCCAAUACACUUUUAGAUUGUACUUGAACAUUCAAUAACAAGUUUGUAUUAUUGUAAUGCAAGGUUUACCAGGGAUAUGUUAAUCAAUUACAAGUAAAACUGCUUUCAGUCUUUGUUAAUUUUAUUUUAUAAGUUGGGAAUUUAAUAGUUUGGGUAGAAGGCUUGUGUGGCUUUAUUCUUUAUUGUUUAAAAAUAAAUUACAAUGCAUAAUAA